GGAGCUCUUCGAUGUGGCCGAGAGCUCAUGUCGAUUAUAUUCCAUUUGAUUAUCCGGGCCAACUUUGCUGCCCUCGAUGUCUUCACCUAGUGGGCCUGAUGCGCUGCGUAUUACUCCGCGGCGUCGGCGUGGAAGCGCGGGAGCGGGGCCAAGUCCAGCUCACAACACGCCCUCCAGUAUACUCCAGCAACUAGCUGGUAUGGCUGGAGACCCGGCGACCCCAGCAGGACGUUCCCGACGAUCACUUUCCGCGAGUCGAGUUUCCUUACGUCGAAGUUCCCGCGGAGUUUCUGGAAUUGGAAUUUCGGAUGCUUUUGCGGGAGGAAGCCAUGCACCUGCUACGCCGCAUGCGUUGAAGGCGUUUCAAAGGCGUGCGGCUGUGUACACACCUGGACGGGACCGAAGGAAGAGUGGUCGCGUUCAGAGGGAAACACCGUUGGAUAUUUUGAGGAACUUGGGCAAAGCGCUUGCUCCAACCAGCGAAGUUAUCAAAUCCUCGCCAAUGACUGAGACAGAUCAGGAAACAGAUCAACAAGAGAGUGAGGAUCUGGAUGAAGAGCCAGACCUGCCGAGACCUAGGCUUUCUCUGCCAAUGCAUGAAAUGAUCGUUCCAGGGGAUGGCGAUGGGAGCCCUGAAAUUGUACCACCGCGAUUAUCCCUACCACUUGACGAGGACGAUUUCACACAGCGGUCAAUUGAAAUGCCACGUAGAGAACGAUCAACCAGGGAUCUUGCAACUCUUUCAAGAUACAGUUUGGCCAGUACGAGAUUCAGUGAACAUUUUGGAGAUGCAAGCCGCUUAGAAUAUACGGAAGAAGGCAUGGAAUUCACAGCGCCACAAGGGGACGAUAACUUUGUUGAUGAUCAAAUUGAAUUGACUGCGGAACAGCCGAUCUUUGAUCUAGGGGGCGAGACUGAGGAUUUACGACGGUUCGAUUUAAAUUUUUCCUUCCCAACUCCCGACGCUCCGCAGCACAUUGAGAAUGAACAUGAAGAUUUUGUUUUAGAUACCACAAUGCCUAUCGCUGAUGAUGUUCCCGUUUCAUCUGAUGAUGAUUUUGGAGCUGGAGAUCUGGAACUCGCAGUUCGCGAAGGCUCUCCACGACCGCCUUUGCAAGAAUCAUCACCCCAACCUCCUCAGGAGUCCCGACUAGAUCAAAACAAAGAGAGAGUUUCAAAACAUGGAAUACCUGUUCCAAAGCUGCCCCGUGGUAUUGUCAAGCGGCUGGCCACUCGAUUUGCCCGAACAGGGAACGGAAGUCGAACGAGGAUAUCCAAAGAGGCUCUAGCUGCCCUCGAGAAAGCCACAGAUUGGUUCUUUGAGCAAGCGAAUGACGACUUGAGCGCAUAUUCCAAACAUUCAACCCGGAAGACGGUAGAUGAAACAGAUGUCAUAGCUCUUAUGAAAAGACAACGGCAAAUUGGAAAAGGCACUUCCGUAUUCGCUCUCGCGCAGAAAUAUCUGCCAAAAGAGCUGCUUCAGGAUAUCCGCCUUGCUAAAAAGUGACACUUCAUGCGCAUAGAGCUUGAAACUCGGGAUCGUUCAUUGAUACAAAGAGUGGAGAUGCAGGUGAAGUUUGUUGCUACCAGUUCUUACUUUGUCGAAUUCUCCGGGCGGCGGUAUUCGGCUUCUUUCGAACUACCAUCCAUAACAUUACCGAUGUGGCCAAAGAAAGACCAUACCUUGUAAACUAUUAGCUGCGCUGCUGCCAACACCUGGCAAUAAGCAAACAAAGCAGGGAAUCGCUUACCAGGUGAAAAUAUACUGGGUAUGGUUAUUUCUGAGGUUGACUUCCGGAGGACGCCCAAUCGGUAUACCGUUAGCUUCUCUAUGAUACUGUUCCAGCAGUUCCGGUUCUACUUCGGUCAGCACCAGCUCUAACACAGUGGAGUUUAGCAAAAGGGACACAUACGCAUAGUUUCCUCAAUCCAUAUUGGUUGGCUGCCCGUAAACUCAGCCAUUUGAUUCACGUCCGGGAAGUAGAACUUUCCCUCCUCUGGUUUAUUAUCAGGAGUGAACAUAUUUUUUUUCCAAGGAGACCGAAGCAGUCCUUCCACAACAACCUCUCCCUGCGGUAGCCCCUCAGGCCUAUCUUUUUGGUUUUUCAGAGAUUUUGAAAUCCAACCUCGACUGAUGAGAAUCGUGCUCUCCCCGUCUCCUCUUUCGAACGGCGUGACUACUAGGUAUCCAUCUUUACUGUCGUACAUCCGGGGGCCAAUCAACAUUUCCUGAUCGUGUCUAAAACGGCCCUUAGCAUAUACGCGACGAUAGUCGAAAUCGGAUACGGCAUCAGGAUCGACGACAGGGGGUAGAGGGAGCGGGGGUUUAACGAGACGGUCUUCAAAUUUUGUUAUUAAUUUGGUUUUCCAGUCAAGUCGCUGCACCUGCCAUGUUCCGAGGGCGAAGGCAGUGAUAGGAAUAAGAGCUAGAUCCAUUAUCAUACGAUUAGCACGAUUCUACUACCUCACAAGAGUU